AGGAGGAGGCGCAGACACAGCCGCAGCCUUUAGUUUCUGCUGGGCUCCGCGAAUCGAGCAUAAAGUCCGACAAUGCCCACGCCGCCGAUUUUAAUCCGGAAUCUGGUCCUCGGGAUUGCGGUGGCUGAACCCAUCAGAAGCCCAGUCAAGGGGCCGCCCCUCACCUCCCGGAGAGUUAAUAUGCAAAACAGUUACGUCAGAUGUGGGGGCGGGGCACACCGGGGUUGACAGGCAGCCUGGCUCUUGCCGAGGGAGGAGGCGCGAGAAUCAGCUUGGUUCAGUGACUGAGACUAACUGGACGUGAGCGGAGCUGGUGCUGUCCACAGUGUGUCGGUGCUGAACGCCGGGUGUGAGGGAUCGCCUGCUUGGGCACCUGGAGGCAACGCCCACUGGAACACUCUGUGCCCAGUGGGACCCGCUUCACCAGCAGGACCCAAUUUAACUUGACAAAGGAGUGCGACUCGGACGUGGGAGAGACUCCUAUGUUUGCAAUCUGGGCGCCCACUCAGGCGUGACUUUGGAGAUUUCUGUAGUUUUAACUCAAACUAUUUUGAUUUUUUUCCAACCUAAGAGGACCUUUUCAUCGUUAUUAUUUUUCUUUUUUCUUUUUUAUACUGCGACUUAUAUUUCCACAUCAUUUAGAAAUCUUUUUGGAGGACUUUUUUUUUUUUUACUUAAAAUAAGGUGAAAAUCAAUAAAGAUGUUUAAGUGCUGGUCAGCCGUUUUGAUUCUUGGAUUCAUCUUCCUGGCUUCUGAAGGGAGGCCAACAAAAGAAUCAGGAUAUGGCCUUAAAUACUAUCAACCUCUCACAAGAUUACGACAUAAGCAGGAAAAAAGUCAAGAAAGUUCAAGAAUCAAAGAAUUUCUAAUUCACGAUGGACCUUUUGGAUCUUGUGAAAAUAAGUACUGUGGCUUGGGGAGGCACUGUGUUAUCAGCAGAGAGACAAGGCACGCUGAGUGUACGUGCAUGGACCUCUGCAAACAGCACUACAAACCUGUGUGUGGAUCUGAUGGGGAAUUCUAUGAGAACCACUGUGAAGUGCACAGAGCUGCCUGCCUGAAAAAGCAAAAGAUCACCAUUGUUCACAACGAAGACUGCUUCUUUAAAGGAGACAACUGCAUGACAACUGAAUACAGCAAAAUGAAAAGUAUGCUUUUAGACUUACAAAAUCAAAAGUACAUUACACAAGAAAAUGAGAAUCCCAACAGCGAUGACAUUUCUAGGAAGAAGACGUUGGUGGAUCAAAUGUUCAAGUAUUUUGAUGCAGACAGUAAUGGACUUGUAGAUAUUAAUGAACUAACUCAGGUGAUUAAACAGGAGGAACUGAACAAAGACCUGUCUGACUGUACGUUGUAUGAUCUGCUCAAGUAUGAUGAUUUCAAUGCUGACAAGCACCUGGCUCUUGAAGAAUUCUACAGAGCAUUUCAGGUGAUCCAGUUGAGUCUGCCCGAAGAUCAGAGAGUAAGCAUUACCGCAGCCACCGUGGGACAGAGUGCUGUUCUGAGCUGUGCCGUUGUGGGAACACUGAGACCCCCUAUCAUAUGGAAGAGGAACAACAUUGUUCUAAAUAAUUUAGAUUUGGAAGACAUCAAUGACUUUGGCGAUGAUGGGUCCUUAUAUAUCACCAAGGUUACCACAGUUCAUAUGGGAAAUUAUACCUGCUAUGCAGAUGGCUAUGAAGAUGUCCAUCAGACACACAUCUUCCAAGUGAAUGUCCCUCCAGUCAUCCGAGUGUAUCCAGAGAGUCAGGCCAGAGAACCUGGGGUAACUGCAAGCCUGAGGUGCCAUGCAGAGGGCAUACCGGACCCUCAGCUUGGGUGGUUGAAGAAUGGAAUCGAUAUUACACCAAAGCUCUCCAAACAGCUCACGCUUCAAGCAAAUGGCAGUGAGGUCCACAUAAGCAAUGUGCGUUAUGAAGAUACAGGAGCAUACACGUGCAUUGCUAGGAAUGAAGCCGGUGUGGAUGAAGACAUCUCUUCUCUUUUUGUGGAAGAUUCUGCUAGAAAGACACUAGCUAACAUAUUAUGGAGAGAAGAAGGUCUGGGAAUUGGGAACAUGUUCUAUGUGUUUUAUGACGACGGAGUCAAAGUGAUACAACCCACGGAAUGUGAAUUUCAGAGGCACAUUAAGCCCAGUGAAAAGCUCCUUGGAUUUCAGGAUGAAGUCUGUCCCAAAGAUGAAGAGGAUGAAGUGCAGAGAUGUGUUUGGGCUUCGGCUGUUAAUGUCAAAGACAAGUUCAUUUAUGUUGCUCAGCCAACUUUGGAUAGAAUCUUGAUUGUUGAUGUGCAGUCCCAAAAAGUUGUUCAGGCAGUGAGUACAGACCCUGUACCAGUUAAAUUACACUACGACAAGUCACAUGACCAGGUCUGGGUGCUGAGCUGGGGCAGCAUGGAGAAGACAUCGCCAACUUUACAGGUGAUCACUCUGGCCAGCGGGAAUGUGCCUCACCACACCAUCCACACACAGCCUGUCGGGAAACAGUUUGACAGAGUGGAUGACUUUUUCAUUCCCACCCCAACACUUAUUAUUACUCACAUGAGUUCUUUAGGAGGUCUGCCUCUGUCAAGUGGGACCCAUAUAAUAUCUCUGGAAGAUUUGGAUUUAUUCUUCAUAAAGAUGAAUCUGCACUACACAAAAUUGAUCUCGAAACCAUGUCCUACAUCAAAACAAUUAGCCUGAAGGACUCAAAGUGCAUUCCUCUGUCCUUGGCAUACAGCCAUCUGGGAGGAUACUACUUCAUUAGCUGCAAGCCUGACAUCACUGGAGCCAUUCCACCACAGCUUGUGGUGGACAGUGUGACUGAUUCUAUCAUUGGCUCCAACAGUGAUGUGACAGGCACUCCUUACGUCUCUCCAGACGGACACUAUCUUGUCAGUGUUAAUGAUGUGAAAGGUCUUGUCAGAGUCCAAUAUAUCACCAUCCGAGGAGAAAUCCUGGAUGCCUUUGACAUCCACACCAACCUGCACAUAUCUGACCUGGCCUUCCAGCCAUCCUUCACAGAAGCCCACCAGUACAACAUCUACGGCAGUUCAAGCCAACAAACAGAUGUGCUCUUUGUGGAGCUGUCCACUGGGAAGGUCAAGAUGAUCAAAAGUCUCAAAGAACCUCUCAAGACAGAAGACUGGCCCUGGAGUCCGAAAAACAGGCACAUCCAAGGCAGUGGCCUGUUUGGACAGUACCUGAUGACCCCCUCCAAAGAUUCUCUCUUCAUCCUGGAUGGUCGCCUUAAUAAGUUAAACUGUGAGAUCACUGAGGUUCAGAAAGGAAAUACAGUUGUUUGGGUUGGCGAUGCCUAAGGAGCCCUAUCACCUAUUUAUGGAGGAAAAGUUUUACAGUACAUUGCACUUGAUCCAUAUUUAAAUUACAACUUAACUUUUCCAAGUUUAUAUCCUAGAUAAAACCCCCUUUGUUUGUUACAAAAAAAAAAGCUAGAUUUUUUUUUAAAUAUAUUGGCUGGUUAGAAACAUUUCAUACAAUAUUUAAUUAGAAAUUACAGCAAUUGCAAGAAUCAAACAUGUAGCUAUAUUUUAAACGAGUAAAAUGAUAUUAAAAUCUUUUAAAAAAUACACUGCAGGGAAUUUCAGAUGAUCUAAACAUCAUGUCACUCUUUAAGAUAUUUUUUCUUGUCAUUUUGCUAUGCUUUAAUCAGAAAUAAAAGGUCGUGUCAAACCUUAAAAUUCUUAAUUCAAAAUACUCUGUCCCGUCCACUGUUUAAAAUCUUUUGUGCCUUGAAGGAAAUGUCAUGGAAGAAAAAAGGAAGGCUAAACUCUGCAUAUUGGACAACCUCAUAGCAAUGACUCUACUGUCAUUAAGAAAUGUUUAUAUCUUGCACCAAAUCCUGCCUUCAGGCAUUUGUUUGACCUUCAAUGAAAUGUCAUGUGAAGUCAUAAUUUGGCCUUGGGCUGUAUACAGAUGAGAAACUAUCAAAUAUUCACUGUACUAUGUGCAUCGUGCUUUAGAAAAUGGACAGGAAGGGAGAAAAAUAUGUAUGGUAAAAAUGUUGGCAAUGUAUUGUGUACCUGUUUUGCUUUCAUUCACUAGAGUGCAUUAUAUUAUUGGUGUACAUUUAUCUGGGAAUUCAAGUGCUUACAGAAGAUUUCCUUCUUAGUAUCAGGAUUAAUAUUUUUAUGUAGCCUAGUGUUCCAUAAGUCAGGAACUUUCUCAGUUUUGGACAAGGAACAUGACUGCAUCUGCACAGAAAGAACCACUUGUAGGGAGAUUGACAGUGAGACAAAGCUGGAACCACUCUCUGUAGCUCAGUGGCUUAUAUCCUCUUCAGACAACAUUCAUUGAUUGGUCCAAAGAAGAUGAACGGUUUUUUAGCAGAAAAUGGUAAGAUGAACCCACAGUGGAGAGUAGAAGGUGAGCUCCACUGCUUUUGCUAUUUAGAUAUUAUCUAGUAAUCAAGCCCAUCCUUUAUCAAUGGCCAAGAUGACUUCUACUCCAGCAUAUUCUAAAGCAUCUUCUAACUCUAUGCUCUAGCUGUGACCCAACAGAGUCUCUUGGGAUAUAGUAGAGAAGUAAAAUGUCUGCCUUUAUCCUUUUUCCUAAAAGAGAAAAUAGAAAGCCUGUAGAAAUAAAUUAAUACCAAUAAGUUGGGUUAUUGAAAAACGGACAAAACAAUCCAGGUGUAAGGGAAUAGUGUACAUGGUUUGAGAAUCUUUUCUACUUAUUUUUCUUCUUCUUGUUGCUAACACUGGUGAUGAGCUAUUGAAGUGAUGUCCAUUUGCUGAAGGUAAUCCAAUAAGAUCUUUUUUUAAAUACAAAUUUUACUCAAGUUUAAAUUGUGUAAAACUGCAUAGAAACUUGGAAUUUUAUAGUGUGCAUUCUCUUAUGUGUAUAUAGCACCAUGGGCUGUGUGAUAAUAGAUUUCUUCUUAGCGUAAGAGACAUUAAGGGAACUAGAUUUAAUAAACAACAAAAAUCAGCCUAUGUUUUUAUGGAUUGAAUCUGUUUCACUCUUUAGUAACUUUCUCCCUGGGAAACAUGAAUCAUGCAGUGUCUGUGUUGAUGAUUUGGUGUAAGUCUCUCCUUAUCCUGUACAUGUAGAUCUUCUUUUAGAAGCUUUUACCAUGUGGAUGCUGUCUGUUGUCAUUGCUUGAUAAAAGAAUAAACCUCUUAUGUUUUA